AAGUGUUUCCCCCUAGCAGCAGCAGAGAGUGUGUUGGUGCUUGAGAACGCUCACUUGGAAACAGACAAUAUGAGACUGCUUGUGGCUGUAGUGCUCUUACUGGCAGGCUGCCUGGCACAGAAACCUCACCCAUGCAAAAGUCCUCCUCUGAUGACCGGAGCACUGACUGUGAGCACACAGAACGAAAGGCUGUGGGUCUACGCCAAAUACAUGUACGAUGCACUAGGACAACGUCUGAGGCUCUAUGAGUUUGUCUCCUCUGAUAACAAGACCUUCACCUAUGACUUUCUCAUGCUCUACAGAGAGCACAUCAUGUAUCAGAUCUUCGACAAUAACAGCACCUGCACACUAAGCCCUCUGGCAGGGGACUUCGUGCCCAUAUCCAUCCCAAAAGGUGCCUCUCUGCUGGGUCAGGUUGUCCUCGGAAGCUCAUCAGGACCUGGACAAGGACUCCUGGUCAACACGUGGACGGGAGAUUAUCCCGGCAUAGAAGGAAAGUUCAUGAUGACAAUGACAGAGUUCGGAUGCAUUCCUGUCAGCUUGGCGGUCCACACCAAGGAGUAUGGAUGGAUGGUAGUAAGCUACUUCAACAACGUGAUCGGGCUUUCAGACCCCAGUCUGCUCAACCCUCCAUCCUUCUGUCCUGGCAAACACACAGCAGCUGACAGUGACAAGGAGCCGGUCGACUUCUUUAAGCUUGUUCCAGAAGCAUUGAGGGCCACUUCAAACUAAUGUGUCGAACCCUCUGAGGGAUUUUAAUAAAUCAAACUGAGCCACUGAUUCAAAGCUUUAUGUACUAACACAACGUUAUUUCAGCUGAAAUAUUUCCAUGUGCCUUUAACUUGAGCAUUCUUCAAAUUUGAGGAUUUCACACAUAAUGAAUUUCACUUUUAUACAUAUGAUGAAAGUUGCCCAAGCUUGAGGCUUGUCAUAAGAAUGUUUCCUUCUGUCAAAUAAACUGGACACCUCCAACUCUGCAGCAGGGAGUGUUCAGUGCAGAAACACCUUCAGUCAGUCGCCCUGUACAGCAUGGCUCAAAUCAUCAUGACUGUACCUCAUUACCAGUAAAACAACAUAUGCAUGGUGUCGGGAUCUGCUCACAUACUUUGUCUAAGAAUUCACUGUGACCUCAUCAUUUUAAUAAUAAAAAUUAAA